AUGAUUGUCAGCUACCGGCGCUUCCGGCGCUUCUACCUGCGACCGGCCAUCUACAUCUUCACCUUUCUCUUCCUCCUCGAUGCGAUCCGUCUCGUGUCCCGCCGACCGGUAACCCACAGGUCUCCCCUGAAGCAGCGCCGAGCGCACGUGCCGGGUGUAAACGAAACGUCGGUAUACAUUGUCUCGGUACACAGGAAUACAGAGGUGAUACAGCGGUCGGCAUGGAACGAGGCCGUGUUGGCGCUGGUGGACUACCUGGGUGCUGAGAACGUGCACUUUUCCGCCGUCGAGUCCGGGUCGCAGGAGGGCACGAAAGAUGCCUUGAUGGAGCUCAAGGACGGCCUGGACCAGCGAGGCGCGUCGAAUGAUAUAAGCCUGGGCAUGACAGUCUGGGAACAGCUCGACGAAAUCGAUGCGCGCCCGCCGCCGGGCUCCAACGAACCGGGAUGGAUCUGGAACAAGGCCGAGGACCAGUUUGAGCUGCGGCGCAUACCGUACCUGUCCAAAGUACGGAAUCAAGCCAUGGAGCCACUUGACCGGUUGGUGGCUGAAGGCCGGCGCUUCGACAAGGUCUUGUGGUUGAACGAUGUGGUUUUCGACGCCCAGGACAUACAGACCCUAUUCGAUACGCGCGAUGGUGACUAUGCUGCUGCUUGCUCCAUGGACUACAAGGCGUCGCCUACCUACUACGACACCUUUGCUCUUCGAGACGACUUGGGAUUGAAAACGGCUUCGCUUUACUGGCCUUGGUUUCAAUCACCGAAAGCAAAGGCUUCGGCACUACAAAAUGAACCCAUCAAGGUGGUUUCUUGCUGGAACGGGAUUGUGGUCUUUGAUGCGGCCCCAUUUUACGCAGACCCUCCGCUCAGAUUUCGUGGCAUCGAUGACAGCCUGGCAGAAUAUCAUCUCGAGGGCUCUGAAUGCUGUCUCAUUCAUGCAGAUAAUUUCUUGUCAUCAUUCAAGGGCGUAUGGUUAAACCCCAAUGUCCGGGUAGGGUAUAGUGUCAAGGCGUACAACAAAAUCAUAGCAGAUGUAUUUCCCACGCCAUUUUGGACUAUUGUGGGAGGAUGGGCGAAUCGAAUCAUGAGCUGGAGAAUUGGCUUUCAGACUUCGUUGGAAUCCCGCGUCGUUCAUAAAAGGAUAGAAGAAUGGGCCGCGGAAACCCCUGCAGGAGAGCUGCCACGAUACGAGCCAGGAGAAGCGUGUCUUAUCAACGAGAUGCAAAUCAUGUGGUCUAACGGAUGGAAGCAUCUCUAA